GUUAGUAACAAUACUUCGUCGCGAACAGAACAACAUUUCAGUGAGUCAAGGCAGAUAAAGCUAUUCGUGUGUAAAUCAGUGUGGAAUUUGUGAAAUUUUCGAUUCGAGUUUUAUAAUCAAAUCACAAUCAAUUGCGAUUCUUAAUGGCAUCAACGGAUGAACAUCGUUACAAAGAUUUCUUAUUCAUAGAACAGUGAUUUCUUUGCGAGUGAAAUUUACAAGAUAAACUCAACGUUGAGUGCAAAGUUCGAGGAGAUAAACUAAGGUUUGCCAUAAAAACAUUUGCGAAAGACGCAAUAAAUUGGCCAAAAAAUAAACAAUAGCUACGUCUAUAUACUUUACAUACAGUAUCUCAGAUAACAGUUGUAUCUAGAUGCUAUAUAGAUAAGCGUGCGUGAAUUAACACUUAGCAAGUACAUUAAACAUACGUCCGAUCAUAAAGCGCUGUCACUUAAGCCAACACCGUGUGAAUAAUACCACAAACAAAGGCUUUUUGCCCCGAAAACAACAACAAAACAGCAGCAGCGAGGAAAAGCGGAAAAUCAGACAUCGCGUCGAGCAAGAACGUCAUGCAACAUUCGCCUGUCGUUGUCUUCAUGUGUGUGCAACAUUCGCAGCAGCAGGUUCCCAUGCUAAAUAACUUUAUGUGUAUGCGUAUGCGUGGCUGGCAUAAUAUUAAGUAUUACUGCAACAAUUCGAUCAAUAUCCCAACGAUCGGCACCGGUACUAGUACGGGCACUAAGAUCCUAAAGCGCUCCAAGGUGCUACGAAAGAAGCGGAACGUCAUUGUUCGCCGUCGCUUUAGCGUCACUUGUUUUUGAAGCCGAUACGAUACAAUCAAAGUUCACCAGAGAAAAAGGAGCAACAAGGAUCAACAUAUUUGUGCCGUCGUCAUUGGAACCUGCUUAACACGGCAGCACCAUGAUGAAGGCUUAAGGGGAACUUGUGUCGACGACUCUUUUAGAGCUUGUUUAGAGGGACCCUAACAAUUUCAUUGUUUCUUUCUAACGGUCAAUUAAAACCACGUUCAAAAUGGCAUUCUCCGUCGAAGCCCAAACCAGCCAAGCCAGGCCCAAGAGCGAAUCAAACAACAGCAUCCCAAUCAACCAAGAGCAGAGCCACAUCAGCAACACCACCAAGAGCAACACCCCCAAGAGCAGCCCCCAGUGCAACGCAUCCUAUUCUACCAGCAGCGAGAGCAACAAACGGGCCAACACCAACGAGGAGGGCUACCGAAAAUCCCAGAGAUAUAAUAUUGAUGAUCCAGGAGCCAGCACGAGUACAGGCGGCACCCACAUACGAGGCGAGAACCCAGGAGGCCAACCCAACGUCCCAGGAUCAAGCGGCUGGCGCGACAAACUUGUGGCCCAAUUGCUGCUGCUCUCAGAGGAGAACGAGGCCAACGGAGCCUAUGAGGGAUUCGCCUACGUCGACGAUCACCACAAUACCGAUCGUGAUAGACAGCAAGCCAAAUCCCAGAAUACUGCUGAUCAGAGUGCCCACAAGCAACAGCAGUUACAGCAGCAACAGCAACAACAGCAAUCGCAGCGGGACAGAGCACAGAACGCCUCGAACUCGCAUCAUAAGAAUACCCUUUUUACCAGGGUCGGUACCAACGCGUCCGCCAGCCAACCAGGCCUCGCCGGCCACAAGUCCUUUAGUAAAUCCGAUCGCUUCGGAGAGGAGGUCCCGUAUCUCAACGUACAACGCAACUGGGACGCCAACAUCCCGAUCGCAACCAGACACGGUGGCAGGUUUACCGACUACGGCAAUGGUGAACCAAACGGUCCCGGUUUCGUUGAGCACGCCUCAGACACAGACCCUGGCAGCCAUGGCUGGUAUCCAGUUGACAGGUGCGGACGAGCCGCCAUCCCGAGGGGAUAUGAGUGGAGCAAUGCCUACUGCCACAGUUGAAGAGAUAGACGUUCCGGUGUUCAUUGAUGAAUACCUGCAAGAUAUAGAAGCUACUACAUCGACGUGCAGCAGCGAAAACGGAAAGGAGAUUUUUACUGAGACGGAUAUUCUUGACUUUGAUAUAAACAUGUUUGCCGAGGAUCUUAUUGAGCUUGAGGGCAAGGAUCCCUUCAGUCCGGCGAUGGACGAGAUGAACAACGACAACCUAGACUUCUUACAUUUGGAUGACCUGCCACUGGCCAACGAGGAGGAGACCCUGGACAUAGGGUCCAUGUUCGGUAUCGACAUCAACCAGGAGCAGGACCUCGACCUCAUCACCAUAGUGCCCGGUUCGCAGCAGCAGCACCAGCAGCAGCAGGCCAUGCUCACCAACUCCCAGGACCCCUAUCUGUGCAACCUCUCGCAGACCCUAUCCAUAUGCAGCAACACCAGGUACAUCACGGAGGAGCCCCUGCUCCCCGACCUGACACCCUACGACACCAGCAGCCUCUACGGCUGCAGCCAGGAGACGCUCGGCUUCGGCCUUGAGGAGGACGUCAAGCCCAGCGGCAGCUUUGCCAGCAGCGGCGGCGACGUUGCCGUGGCCAUCCCAGCCCCCAUCCCCCACCCCAUCAUCUCCGCGCUGAAGCGGUCUGCUCCGGCCCCCGUGGUCGAGCUGCAGUCGAUCAAGCGCAGCCGACUGGCACUCGUGGUCGACCAGCAGUCCACGCCAGCAUCCAGCCCGAGCACGCCCGAAAUCAUUGAGCAUCUUCUGAAUUUCGAUGGGCUCGAGGCAGCCAACACCAGUACCAGCACCACCAACAGCACCUCCAUCAUCAGCAGCAUCACCAUCACCCAAGCAGAAAUCGUUGAGGAUCUACGCAGUGCCCAAGAGGAGACCACCAUCGACUUCUCGCCGCCGAACACCCCGCACAGCAACUACUCGGCCAGCUGCAGCAGUGCGGCGCCCACCUGCCAGACUGGCUUCGGUGGCUUCCUCACUGCCCCCGCCUCGCCCGCGUACUCCGUGGCCAGCACCUCCCUGUUCAGCCCCUCGCCGUCCGGCGGCUCCACAAAUGGCAAGCGGAAACGCGGCCGCCCCGCCAAGGAGCAUGCCGACGGACCCGAUCCGGAAAUCAUGUCGCGCAUGAACGGCGACGAGCGCAAGGCCUACCAGGACAGGAUCAAGAACAACGAGGCCAGCCGCGUCUCGCGCCGGAAGACGAAGAAGCGCGAGGAGGAGGAGAAGAGCACCGAGGACGAGCUGGUGGCCGAGAAUCUGCGCCUGCGCGCCCUGGCCGACGAUGUGGCGUUCCAGGAACGCAAGUUCAAGAAGUACCUGAUGGAGCGCCAGCGCAAGAACAGCACCUACGUCAAGCAGGAGCAGCAUUGAGAUUCUCAUAGCCAUACACUUAAUACUUGAUAGAUACCUGCCGAUUGCCGCAUAUUGCGGCGGAUAGCCUUAGUCCGAGGACCCCUCGUAGUCAUCCAUUCGUUUAGUUACUUAAGUUGUCGUUGAAGAAGACGAAGAAGGAGAAGAAGUCGAGAAGCAGAAAUCAGAAAUCCAAUUUCCAUCUGGACAUCGAUCCCAUGCGAUGCGAUGUAAAACGUAAAACAUUUAAGCCACUUAUUAGGCAUAGAGAUGGCGCCCAUAGUGCGCGAGAAGUGUUUACCUAUAAUUCUAUUAUUAUUAUGUUUGAGAAAACUAAUAUUUUAACUCGUUUUUUUUACCCACGUAUAUGUUUUCGUCCUAAGUGUAAUCAGCAAAAAAAAUUCAAACCAGAAAAAGCAUACAAAAAUAAUGAUUACGAUUUCGUAUAUUUUAACCCCAUUGAUGAACAAAAAAGUUACAAAAAUGUCAACAAAAAAAAUGUGCUAUUGUUAAGAACAAUGAGAUGUAUAUUUUACAGAUAUGAAGAUAUAUAACCGUAAUCGUUUGAAUAAAGAGCAUGUUCCAAUGAGCAUGACAAAGACAAA